UCAACCCAUCUGUAAAUGUGUACACAUAAAGCGUAUUAUAUAAGUGUACACCUAAACGCAAAGUAUCGAUUUAAAGGCAAUUAAAUGUGCAUUCAAAAGCCCAACAGUUAAUUGAUAAAAGUAAGACUAUAUGACCAUAAUCAGUUUGCGCAGACUUGCACGUCACCACAAGUCCCCUAUACAGCACUUCCCAUCUGCCCAUGCCUCGUGGUUGUUAUCACAUGACGCGCAGUGGAUCUAUAUAAACCGCUGGUAUUCACAGCCCUUUCCCAGUUACAGAUGUUCCCUGGCUAAUUACAAGUGAUCCAUAGACCAACAGUUGUUUGUGUCAUAUCUGCUGAGGAAAGUUUUGCCUCAAGUACUUUGGAGAAUAUUGUUACAGGUGCUUCUAAGUAAUGGAAGCUCUGACCAGCUUUGAGAGUUACCUGCACGCAAAUUCAUCCUCACUGCUGGUCAGUCAAUGGAAUCUUAACGCGUCCAACAUUGAAGGGGAAACCACAGCCAGUCCACGGUAUGACAGGCACAUCCGAAUCAUCACCAUGACCGUGAUCUUUGCAGUGGCACUGGUGGGCAACUCGACCGUGCUGUACAAGAUCUGCUGCCGGAAAAGCAAGAGGCGGAAAAUCGAUUUCCUCAUCACUAACCUGGCCCUGGCGGACCUGUGCGUCUCGGCGCUGACCCUGUUUUCUCAGAUCAUCUGGGAGGUUUUAGAAGACAAGUGGGUGGCAGGGGACCUGGCCUGCAGGCUCUUCAAAGUCUUGCAGGUGUUUGGGCUGAUUGCUUCGUCCAACGUCAUUGCCGUAAUCGCACUGGAGAGGCACCACGUUAUUGUGAACCCCCUUGCUUCUCCGCUGCCAACAAAAAUACUGGCAUUUCUUGCUUGGUUCACAGCCCUCCUCCUCUCUGGCCCGCAGGCUUUUGUGUUCAAAGUCAAGGGUGGAGAGAAGUGCCUCAGCACAUUUGGUGACCUGCCCAAGUGGCAUUUCCAAAUGUACAUCAUCUACGGAUCCAUCACCGUGUUUUUCGCUCCGUUCUGUAUCCUGUGCGUUGCUUACACCCGAAUCCUGUGGACGAUCUGGAGGAAAGAGCAGCAGGUGGACAGCAAACGAGCCGACCCGAAACAGUUACUGAGGAGACCGGUGAGGAUUAUUGCAACUAACAGUGCGAUCCCCCGCGCCAAAAUAAAAACCCUCAAAAUGACUCUGGUGAUCAUCAUUCUCUUCAUUGUCUGCGGGCUGCCUUAUUUCAUCAUCGAAAUGAAGGUGGCAUUCGGGACCAGCACGGAAUUAGACACGAAGGUAAUCGCGGUGCUGGGCGUCUUUGUCGUCUCUAACAGUGCUGUCAACCCUUACGUCUAUCUGUUCUUCAAGACCGACAACGUUUACCUGAGGAAACUGGAGAAAAAACUGUGUUUCUCUUGCUUGAAGGAGUACAGGGAGAACACGUUUCACAGGGAACGGCUUGUGCACCCGGGGAGGAAAGCAGAACAGUCCACAACCACCACGACUUCAGAGACGGAGACUACAGCGGUGCACUCAGUCAGUUACAUAAAAUCCGCCCUGUCGCUCAGUGACAUUGCGUCGUGUGAAAGCUCGAUAUGAGGAUGGGGCAAGAUUAUUAAUGAUAUGUCUUUCUUAUUAUUUUGGCGUCUUCUCUGAUGCAACUAUCUGUAAAGUAAAUCUGAAUCCUGCUUGUAUAUUUGAUGUCAAAAAGAUAGCUCAUAAAAACAACUGCUUAUCUUACAAGUGAUUAUUUGCUAGAUUUUUUUUUUCUCUUUAUCAAUGCAGCAUGUAACGGUAUAAAAUCAAUCGGCUGUAUAAUGCAGGUACAGUAAUGUACCAUUAUACUUUAAUUUAAAUUAGGCAAACUGAUAAUUUUGUAAAAUGAAAAACUGUUAUUGCAAAAAAAAAAAAAAAAAAAAAAAAAAAUGACGACACUCGAUGGACACAAAGUUAUUUUGGGAAUAAACUGUAAAUCAGGCGCAUACGCUUGAUUGAGUUAAAUGUGUAUUUUUGUAGUGGACUUCUGGAAUGUAUGUAUUUAUAUAUUUUGAUUUAAUUGAUUCGUAUAAUAAAGUUAUUAAUGCUUAAU